UAUGUAUAAGUUUAUACAUUUUAAAGCGACUUUAUGGACGUAUUUUGUAGGAAUCAGCCGGCGUAUGUCGCUUUGGCGUCAACGGUUGAAUCUUUGCUCCGAAUGAAUGUUUGAUGGACCUGCGUGUCUUGCUCUGUGACCGUUGAGAUGAAUGAAACAAAGACGAUGGAGGCAGCCUGGGAAGACGCCAACUGUUAAUGCCUUUGACUGAGGACAACUCUUUGGAAACGGGGCUCACCCAGUAAAAGUCUUUUGGCAUUGCUAACAUGAACUUUAUGGUUCCGUCGAUUACCAGAAAAGCCUCGUAACGGUAGUUACUCAUACACUGUCUGUUAGCAUGCUUAAGAAGUUGUACUCUGGACGCUUUCGCCUUAACAACAGCCUACCUUCUCCUAAUGGGGUUUGUACCAGUUAUUUAAAUCAUUUGCCUGAUUUAAACGUGUUAAGGGGCAAAGAACAGUCUCAGCUUGUCUAUUUUACUCAAGAAAAGUCAAGUAGGGCAUGUGUUUAGUUCAGUUUAAGGACUUCUGACCGUCCAUGUCGUUUCAAGCACGCAGAAACUGUUUCCUAAAUAUGAUUCCACUGUGUUUGAGGAACUAAAGCAAAAGCUACCAAAAUGUCUCAGAAUUAGAGUGUUGAACAGGUUAGUGUUUAUAAAGUGGAAUUUACAUGGACCAGAGUGCUGUACUGCCUCUGCACACACCCCAGCAGCAGUGUAAAUGGAUAAGAUGUGCCCAUAAUUUAGGUUUUAUUUUUCCCUGUUUUUAAGAUGAGCCAAGGGCCAAACCUUGUCCUCGAGUGGCUCUCUAAGCUGCAUCUGGCCCAGUAUGUGGAGUCUUUCAUUGACAAUGGGUAUGAUGAUUUAGAAGUUUGUAAACAGAUUGGAGAGCCAGAUCUGGAUGCCAUAGGUGUCCACAUAGAGUACCACAGACACAGACUGCUUGCAGCAGUGUACAAGCUGAAGGAAGAGGACAGGAGGAAAUCGCCAAGCUACUACUUCACCUUAGAGCCACUUAGAAGUUCAACUUGCAACUCUUCACAUACAAACAGAAACGAGGACAUCAGGACUUUGGGAUCCCUCUCCCAUGUAUCAGGAAAACAUCAGGCUUCCUGUCCUGGAAACCAUAACUUAAGGUUUACUGAUUGUAAUGACUUUGUGACUUAUCCCAAACUGAAGCUCAAGGUGUUGAUAAGGGAUAAACUGGCCAAAGAUGGGAUCAACCUUGGAGAGGCACCUUACACCCAUAAGGAUGGCUCGGUGGGGAACCUUGAUGACCUGGUGCAGGAGUAUUCAAAGUAUUACGGCACCUCCCUCAGCGACGUGUGUGAAAGGAUGGAGGAGCUACGGAAACGCAAAGUAGUGCAAGAUGCAGAGAUGGGAAAGGUUGACUCAGUGGCCACAUCAGUGCAGCUCCGCUCUCAGAUCCAGGAAUCCCUUGGUCUCAGCAGCACCAACUCCACUCCAGAGACAGAGAGAAGGUUUCUUGUGCACAAAUCCAGCUCUGAUGAUGGAUCAGGAGGCAAAUGGGAUGGAAAGAAAAAGAGUAAGUCCUUUUGGCACAGUUUUCGGAAGUCACAGAAAGGAGCGAUGCGUCAAAUCUCCAAAGGUGAUGAUGUUGGUUUUGUGGCCAGUGAAAUCACCAUGAGUGAUGAAGAGCGUAUCCAGCUAAUGAUGAUGGUGAAAGAGAACAUGAUCUCUAUAGAGGAGGCUCUGGCACGGCUGAAGGAGUUUGAGGUACAAAACAGACAGACAUGUAAGCCUGACCCCCCAGAGUUGACCGAUCCCUCCAGUCCCACCACAAAUGAGUCGUUCAACUGCAACCCUUGUGAGCUGUCAGACAACGAGCAAGAGGAAUCUGUGACAUUCAGAAGACUUCACAAACUUGUUAACUCGACCCGGAAGGUGAAGAAGAAGCUGAUCAGAAUUGAUGAUUCAAAGAGGCCAGGAGCAGACGAGAUCUUUUACAUUGAUAGUCCCCCCUGUGGAGAUGCCAGUGCCUCCUCCCUGUACUCAGGCAUACAGAAGAAGCCCACUGUUUGUCCCAUGGACUCCCUGGCCUCUGCUCUCCAGGAGCAGCUCACCUACGACAGAGACUCUGACAGCCUGACCACCUCCCCUUCCUCUAGCAGCCUGGACACCUGCAGCAGCCAGAAGAUCUUCCAGGCCUUUAGAGAGCCUACUGGGAGCCCAGUUCAUCAGGAGACAAGGGUAGUAGUAGAGGGGAGGGAGGCAGGUGAGGGCAGUGGAUCGUCAUUCUCUGAAACAGAUGCAUGCCGGGAUGAAGAAACCAAAAUAGCUCGCUCAGUUACUGAUGGAGAGCUUCGUCAUCGGAUCCUCAGCCCGCUCAGCCAUCAUGGGAGAGCUUGCAGCUUUGGAGGGUUUGACUUGACCAACCGGUCAGUGCACGCAGUUAGCACUGAUCAUGAAAACACUAAUAAAGAUGGAGACGGUGGAAAGGAUGUCACUAAGUCUCCGGCGACGUCUCGUAUUUCUCUCGGCAAAAAAGUGAAGUCUGUGAGAGAUACUAUGAGGAAACACAUAUCCAAGAGAUACCACUGCUCUCUCUCUGAACAGUCAAGCCCAGACCGCAUUUCCAGCUGCCCUCACUCCCCUCAGACAGACUCGGACUCUUUGGAGAAGCCUAAACUGAAGCUGGGAGGAUCAGUGGAGAGCCUGAGGAGUUCCCUCAGUGGACAGAGCUCCAUGAGUGGUCAGACUGUGGGGACAACCGACUCAUCCAACAGCAACAGAGAGAGCGUGAAGUCCGAGGAUGGGGAGGAGGAUGAGCUGCCUUACCGUGGACCUUUCUGUGGACGCGCUCUCGUUCAUACUGACUUCACCCCCAGCCCCUACGAUACAGACUCCCUUAAACUGAAGAUUGGGGACAUCAUUGAAAUCAUCAGCAAGCCUCCGAUGGGUACAUGGAUGGGGAUGCUAAACGGGAAAGUCGGCACCUUCAAGUUUAUUUAUGUGGACGUCCUGAAUGAAGAGGAGGUGAAGCCUAAAAAGACCAGAAGGAGGAGGAAGGCUCGGCAACCCAAACCCACAUCUGUAGAGGAGCUCCUUGAUCGCAUCAACCUAAAAGAGCAUCUUCCCACCUUCCUUUUCAACGGCUACGAGGAUCUGGACACAUUCAAACUGUUGGAGGAAGAAGACCUAGAUGAGCUGAACAUCAGAGACCCUCAGCACAGAGCGGUGCUGCUCACUGCUGUGGAGCUGCUGCAGGAAUAUGAUGGAAGCAGCGACCCCGAGCGCAGCAGCCAGUCUGGAGGCUCCCAGGAGAAGCUGCUCUUGGAGCGACGCGGCCUUGUGGGAGACUCCCCGCGGGACUCUGGCUGCUAUGAGAGUAACGAGAACCUGGAGAACGGAAGGGACAAAAAGACAUCAUCCAUGAGCCGGUCCUCCUCCGGUUUUGAGUCCAACCACCUCCCAUCCCCAGAGAACCCUGUCCCCCCUAAAGCCCUGACCUCCACCUGCUCGAGUAAGACUUCAGUCCAACGUAAACCAGCAUGUCUGCCCUGCUUCUCACCACCACUAAGGCCCCCUAAGAGCAGAUUAAGCCUCCUAAGCCUACCUAAAGGUCAUCAUCCCAGUGGAGCCAUCGGCAGAAGUCAGAGCUGCAUGGAGCUCAGAAGAAUCCCAUCACCAGGGAUGCUGAGGCGGAGCCUCUCCCUGACCAUCCACCCCAGACUCUGGAAUCAGUCCCUGAGAAUCAGGCAGAGCAAACAGCACAAAGUAGAUCUUAAAAAACAGAGUGAGGUCAUGUUUUCAACCUUGUCAUGUAAAGCUGAGUGCAGCACUCUGAACACAUUUAUAAAUUCUGCACCCAAGGAAGCAGAAAAAACACAGAGCAUACAUCUGCAGCUGCCAACAGGAAGAUCCAGUCCUCCUUUAACUACAUCUUCUUCAUCACAGCCACAAGCAGAGCCCAGAACAACACAGAGCACUGAUAUAAACAAACUCACAGACCACAUCACAUCAGAGGAAAAGAGGACUUUCUCAGUCUCUGCCAGCUCUGAAGCUCGCAGACUGAAACUACAGAGGAAUAAGAAGACAUUGAUAAACUCUGUGAAUCUGGGUUCCCUGGUGGAGGAAAGACUUUAGC